UUUAAAAAUUAUUAAUCUAUCCUUAAUUUCCAAUCUCAAAUUAUAUUAGCAACUAAAUCAUAAACUUCAAAAUUAAAUAAUAAUAAAAAAGUAUUGAAGAAUUUAAUGAAAAUUUAAUGUUACGUAAAUUAAAAGGAAUUAUCUGUAAUAUAUAGAAGAACUUGAGGGAGAAAGUACAAAAUUCAGAAGCACCGGGGGCUAUUUCAAAACAAAAAGAAACAUCGGGGGGCAAAACGAACUUUCCGGAAGUCCCUUUGCAAAAUCGAAAAAAAGCUCUCGCUUCUCACGUAAUUCCACGGCCGAAAAAUCAAGUACUUGGUGCUAGGGUUUAUAUACUUCACCCACACCAUAGUAUCCAAAAUCUCGGCGAUUGGUCAUCAGACAAACGUUCUCAUACAAAGGGGAAGAGAGAGAGAGAGAGAGAGAGAGAGAGAGAGAGAGAGAGAGAGAGAGAAAUGGGGUCUAGAGACAAGGACCAAACGACCUCGCAUCACCAGCCACUCCUAAGCAGCCUUGUUGUGCGGCCUUCGGCCAGCGACGGAGCUGCUGGCGGUGGAGGCGGAGGAGGAGGCCGUGGCGGUGGUAGCGAUUACGAGCCUGGAGAGGUUCGACGCGAGCCGCCUCCUUAUUCUCGCUCUGAUCGACACAAUGAUGAGCCUGGAUAUAGAAUUCGUGCAGGUUCUAGUUCUCCUGUACGUCACAGGGAUGUGGAUCAUCGAUAUGGUUCCAAUUUUGAUCGCUCAGGUGGCCCAUCAAGAAGUCGUGAUUUUGGUAAUGGGAGGGAUCCUGGCAGAUAUCGAGACUCUUCACCUCCUUAUAGUCGAGGACCAGGUGGUGGCAGGCCACAUAAUAGCAGAGGUUUUGAUGGGACUGCAUAUGGUCCUGCACCUUUCAGAGGUGAAGGCAUGACUAGAAAUAAUCCUAAUGUGCAUCCUCGGGAAGGAGACUGGAUAUGCCCUGAUCCUUCGUGUGGAAACUUAAACUUUGCAAGGAGAGAGUACUGUAACAACUGCAGGAGAUUUCGCUAUGCACCUGUGGGAAGUCCUCGUGGAGGCUACCCUGGUCCUCCUCCUUCGCAUGCUCCUCCCAGGCGCUUUCCUUGCUCUCCCAGGUAUCUAUCACCGCCUGGCAGGAAUAUGAAUGGGUUUAGAUCUCCUCCUCGUGGUUGGGCUAGGGAGUUCCCCAGAGACUUUGGAGUUGGUGGUCCACCACCUCCCAGGCAUGAAGGCAAGUUUUCUGAUCAUAGCAUGCGUAGAGAUCGGCUGGAUUAUCUAGAUGAUGACUACAGGGGGAAGAGUAGAUUUGACAGGCCACUGCCUUUGGAUUGGGGACAUAGAGAUCGCGGAAGGGAUAACUUCUUCAAUGAAAGGAAAGGGUAUGAGAGACGACCACCAUCUCCACCUCCACAGCUUCCUCCUCGUGGCAGAUGGCCACGUGAUGAGAGAGAGAGGAGCAGAUCACCAAUCAGGGGUGGUCCUCCGCCAAAAGAAUAUCGUCGGGAUAUGUAUUUGGAAAGAGGACGAGAGGAUCAUCGGGGUGUGGGACGAGAUAGAAUGGGAGACGCAUAUUAGCAAGGGUAGAACUUUUAGAUAUUGGUUUACAUGGAGCUUGUGUUUUCUGUAAACUGAGGGAAGUGUUGACAAGACAGCUAGGACUUAAUUCCAGUUCUUGCUUAUGAUUCCUAUUACCCCCGAAACAUUUGGUAAAUUUGUGAGAGUUGACUGUUAAAUUCAUUAUUGUGCUUGUUGACUUGAAGAAAAAUUCUUGUUAUUAAGUGUAGACUUAAAGAAAAGAGAUUGGAGGCGUUGUUCUUCUGUCUUACCAAACUCUACGUU